AACCUUGGACAACAUGCCGCUUCCAAGCGAGUCGCGCCGCAGCAACUUUGUGAGCGUCCGGACCUGAAUCAUCCUCCUCAGCCUCACAUCCCUCCACCCUGACACCGAACCUCACACAGUCCCACCCGAGCCCCGGCAUGUGGACGUGGCGCACCUGAGGACCUGGGACUACACAUGUUGAGGAGCAACCUCAACUUCCAGAAGACACUUUCAUUUGGAGUUUCUCUGUUUGGAGGCGUCCUGCUGAAAUGGGUGAAGUGUGGACGAGCUGCUGCGUCCUGCUGGCGGCUCUCUGUGGACUAGGGUUCGGACUCAACCCCAACACAUGCGAAGAAGUGCGCAAAGUUUUCCAACUCAGGCAAAUUGGACCCAUUCAAUUAUCGCCUUUAAGUCCCAGAGCAGGUUCAGACCUCCAGGUGUGCUCGUCCAAGAACCUGACCUGCUGCACCAAGAAGAUGGAGGAGAAGUACCAGGUGGCGGCUCGGAGAGACAUCCAGAACCUGCUCCAGAUGUCCAGCACCAGCCUGAAGUUUCUAAUCUCGCGCAACGUGGCCGCUUUUCAAGAGACCUUUGAGCUUCUGAUGAGGCACGCCGAGAAUCACACCAUCGCCGUCCUUCAGGGGUUACACCACAGCAUGGCCGAUCAGGCUGCGGGCCCUGUGCGAGAACUCUUCACUGACAUCAGUCUCUUCCUGCUGGGGUCCGAGCUCAGCGUUGAUGAGUUGGUGCAGAGGUUCUUCGACGCUCUCUUCCCGGUUGUCUACAGUCACCUCAUCAACCCAGGUCCUGGCGAGAUAUCCCCAGGCUACGCUGAGUGCGUGAGGUCGUCGAGACGCGACGUGAGACCGUUUGGUGGGGCGCCCGGCCUCCUGGCAGAUCAGAUCGCUCGCUCCGGGGUCUCCGGGAAGCUCCUUCUCCAGGCGCUGCACCUCGGCAUCGAGGUCAUCAACACCACAGACCACUUGCAGCUGAGCCGCGAGUGCAGACGGGCCCUGCUGAAGAUGCACUACUGUCCUCACUGCCAGGGCUUAACAGAGUCGAAGCCCUGCAUGGGUUACUGCCUCAACGUGAUGCGGGGCUGUUUGGCGAGCAUGGCCGAGAUCGACGCCCACUGGAGGGAGUUCGUCCACUCGCUGGAGGGCCUGUCGGCGCGGAUGCAAGGACCUCAGGACUUAGAGCAAGUGCUUCUGGGAGUUCACGCGCUGCUUCGUGACGCUGUCGGACAUGCUCAGAAAAGUGGACCCCGCCUCUCGGCACAGGUGCACAAACUGUGUGGCACGCCGAGCAGGAAGCCAACCCAGUUAGUCAGCAUCCAGCUCAGCAGCAGCAGCAGCAAAGACUCCGUCCCUCUUAAAGCUCCGGUUAGACCACUUGGAGACUCGCUCGCUGUCAGGAGAAGGGACUUCCUGAGCAGCAUGCGUCACUAUCGUACGUACUAUGGCGGCCUGGCAGAUCAGCUGUGUGUGAGCGAGCUGGUGUUUGGAGACGGGCAGUCCUGCUGGAAUGGAACGGACAUCGUAAAAAGCUACACCCUCCGUGUGGUCGGCAAUGGGAUAAAAGCUCAGAGUGGAAACCCAGAGGUCAAGGUGAAGGACGCCGACCCUGUGAUAAAUCAAAUCAUCGACAAACUCAAACACAUCAAUCAGCUGUUGCAGGGAAAGUCCAUUCCUAAACUGGGCUCACUGGACCAGAUUGAAACAGGCAGUGGAGACGGGGAGGGACGUUACAGCGGAGACUGCGAUGAUGAGGACGGUUGUGGAGGUUCGGGUGGUGGCGACGUUAAGAGGAAAGUCUCAAGAGUCUCCAAAAUGAGCCCAGAUGUGACCGGCGAUCACAGACAUCAUCAUCAUUAUCAUCAUCCACCCGUCGAGGACUCGGAGAUGGAGGGCAGAUCCAGGGCUCUCAGACUGACAGGAGCCGUCUGGGUCUUGAUGUUGCCUUGUCUACAUAUGCUCCCGGCCUUGUAACAGCUGCAUUUUUGCAGCGUGAAACUUUCAAGACUUGAUUUCAAGCUUAUUUAUCCAGAAAUGAAAAAAGGGCCAGUGGACGUAUUGUGCUCCAGUGUAAUGCAGCAGCACUUCGAAACAGUGCAGAAACACGGCGGGAGUGAAUUCAUCGAGCGGAAAAGAGACGAGACACUGGGGCUCCUGUCAGAGAGCAAACGGUUCAGCUUUGCAAAUAUUAUCUGUCCUGUUGUUUUUUUUAUCAGUUACCUGCUGUUUUUUUUAGCACUAAUAAUGAACUAUAACAACCAAUUUCACAAAUGUAAGUACUGCACACAUUGUAAAAAUGUCUUAGUAAUUUAAUGAUCUGUAGAUGCAUAUUAAUGGUGGAUUUGAAAUUUAAAAUAUUUUUACAAGCCCAAUUUAAAAAAGCCUGUUAUUCUUAUACCAAAAGAGGGAAACAUGAACUUUUUCUUUUCAGAUCGUGUGAAGUGAAGUGUUGAGUGUGUGCUGUAUGUUCUUCUGCAUUUUCCAACACUGCCGGAGCAAACAUGGAUUCAAGACAUCUGCUUCUCUCCACUCGGAGCAGCUCCCGUGCUGUUCUGGGUCCAUUUAAUUGGCACAUUUCAAUUGCAAAAUUGACCUAUAACGCUGCUGCUGAGAGACACGGUGAAAGGAGAGGGUAGGCUGGAGGAAGUGGGGAGGGAAGUAAGAGAAUUCAUACUCCUUUCUUCUUUAGAAAUAGAUUAGUUUCCUCAGGAGUCCAUUAUCAUCUUUCAAACUCAAUCCUGCUCUGGCUUCAUGGGCCUGGAUAGCUGCUGAUAGCUCCUGGAGCCACUGGCGAGGAAGAAUCCAUUCACCUCUACCUGCUGCAGGACCUGACAGCGUGCUGCUGGUGUGUGGCUGCCACAGUCUGUGUGCAGAGAGAGAGGGAAAGGGAUAUGUGUAUUCACGUGUGCCAAGCUCGUCAGGUCAUUUCUUCUGUGGCUCACGCGUGUAGGACCUAAACAAAAAUCACCUUUUGAGAUGAAGUUGAAGCGAAAAUGGUUCUCUUUACUGCCAAGGAUCACUCUUCAUAUACAGUAUAAUGUACAGUAUAAUGUUCAUAUAUACAUGCAGUUUAUUCCACAGAAAUAAACUUGGGAAACAUUAAAGCUGCUCCUGUUGAUAAAUUAGCUAAGAGAUUUGAGACAUUAGCUUCAGUCUCCACCCGGUUAUUUCUAUAUGGGUGGACAGACAGAUCUGUGUCUUCUCAUAUUAUCAUCACAGUCAAAAUUAUGUUAACAUUAUUACGAAGAUGAUGAAGUGACCUUAAUUUCAAUCAAUCAAAUUUUAUUUGUAUAACCCAUAUUCACAAAUCACAAAAAAAUGAUGAGGGUAAACAUUUUGAAGAAUAACUUCAAUACUGUGUGUCAAGCAGUACUGCUGCAAUCAUAGUAAUAAAUAAAGUUAUUUAGCAAUUAAAUUAUUCUUAUGAACGUCGUAUUCCAUUCGUCUAGACUUAGAACUGAACAAAUGCAAAUUGGAUUUUAUCUGCAGCUUUUCUCUUUUCAGCCAAAGGCUUAAUCUGCUCAGGUACUCAUGAAAUAAAGUUCUGUAUUCAUUUUAA